AUGCUAGAGGUUACUACAGAAAACUCUAAAGGCCAAACAAUUACAACAGCAGAACUUGAAAAAGAAGACUUGUCUUCAGUCACUUUUCUGAGCAAUAUAGAUCAGAUUUCAGAUGAACAAACAAAACAAAUAACAUAUGAAAACAAACAACAGCAAUAUGUAGCAGAAGAGAAACUUGAAACAAUAGACACAGAAGGUGAAAACAUUCUAAUGCAAAACCAAAUUACAUCAGACACAGAGAUGUUAACAAGCAAUGAUAAACAAGAAAGUUAA